AGAAAAGCAAUUUCACUUCUCUCUCACACACACACACACGCAGGAAUCGAGAGAGAAAAAAAGAGAGAUUAAUAAGAAUAAGAUGGGUACGUGGUUGACAAACGCAAAACCGUAUCUGAUGUUACUGGCUGUCCAAUUUGGUUCUGCAGGCAUGUUCAUUUUGGCCAUGGAUGCUAUAAAGAAGGGAAUGAGCCAUUAUGUGUUCAUUGUCUAUCGCAAUGCCAUCGCCUCUAUAACUCUCGCUCCCUUCGCAUUUGUUCUAGAAAGGAAAGUUAGGCCCAAGAUGACUAUCAGGAUAUUUUCAGAGAUUAUGGCGCUGGCUUUCUUCGAAAUAAUACUGGAUCAGUGUUUCGCCCUCUUGGGCAUGAAAUUCACGUCGGCAUCUUUCCUAUCUGCUGUCAUGAACUCAGCACCCUCUGUUACUUUUUUGUUAGCAGUCAUUCUAAGAUUGGAGCACAUGAAGAUUAAGGAGGUAGCAUGUCAAGCGAAAGUGAUUGGGACAAUAGUAACUUUUGGAGGCACCUUGCUAAUGGCACUAUACAAAGGCCCCAUAGUUAGUGUUAUGGGAUCUUCAUUCAGCCAUAAUGUGAACAACCCCACGCCCACUGGUAACCACUGGAUCAUGGGAACAUGUUUCCUCCUCAUUGGCUGUGCAGGCUUUUCUGCAUUUUACAUAUUACAAACCAUAACAUUGAGAAAAUACCCAACAGAGAUGUCCCUUGCCACUUGGGUUUGCUUUUUUGGUGCACUUCAAAGCUCUGUUGUAGCAAUCUUCGCAGAGCGUCACCACCCUCAUGCAUGGUCUCUUGGUUGGGAUACAAGACUCUUUGCUCCUGCUUACGCGGGAGUAGUUACGUCUGGAGUUCAGUAUUACAUACAAGGCAUGAUCAUAAAAUCAAUGGGCCCUGUUAUUGUGACUGCUUUUAAUCCCCUGCGUAUGAUCAUUACUACUACCUUGGCAUGCAUCGUUCUCUCUGAGCAACUCUACCUUGGAAGUAUUGUUGGAGCAAUAGUUGUGGUUCUUGGGCUUUAUCUAGUAGUGUGGGGAAAAUCUAAAGAACGCAAAGGUCAGAGUCAGAUGCUAACGUCCCCUGUGGAGGAUAACUCUCAAGAAGACCAAUGUCAUCUACCGGUCACAGCUCCCAGCAAUGAUAACAAGGCUUAAUUAGUUCAUUGCCGUCAUGAGAAAAGUGAUGUGGAGGGCACAAUAUGAAAAUGAGAAAGUUAGCAAAAUUAUGCCUUGACUUUGUUGAAUUAGUCGACAUUUGUGUAAAAUUCCCAUAUAUUUUAGUCAUACUGAUCUAAGAUUCCAAUGUCAAUACCAUGCAAUUAAUUGGUACCAUAUAUGAAGUGGCAUGAC